UGGGAGACCAUCAGCGCCUUCUGUGACAGGCACGGCGUGGACUACCUGACGGGCUCCUGGUGGCCCAUCCUGGAGGACCUGUACAAGUCGAACAUCCCCGUGUACCGGUUCAUCCAGCGCCCCGGGGACCUGGUGUGGAUUAACGCAGGCACCGUGCACUGGGUGCAGGCCACGGGCUGGUGUAACAACAUCGCCUGGAACGUCGGGCCCCUCACAGCCUAUCAAUACCAGCUGGCCCUGGAGCGCUACGAGUGGAACGAGGUGAAGAACGUGAAAUCCAUCGUGCCCAUGAUCCACGUCUCGUGGAACGUCGCCCGGACGGUCAAGAUCAGCGACCCUGACCUCUACAAGAUGAUCAAGUAUUGCCUCAUGCAGUCCAUCAAGCACUGCCAGGUGCUGCGGGAGACCCUGGUGCGUUCGGGGAAGAAGAUCGCCUACCAGGGCCGGGUGAAGGACGAGCCGGCGUACUAUUGCAACGAGUGUGACGUGGAGGUGUUCAAUAUCCUGUUUGUGACGAGCGAGAAUGGCAGCAAGAACACGUACCUGGUGCACUGCGAGGACUGCGCCCGCCAGCGCAGCACCGCCCUGCAUGGCGUGGUGGUGCUGGAGCAGUACAAGACGGAGGAGCUGAUGCAGAUCUACGACAGCUUCACCCUGGCUGGAUCCCCCAGCUCCAGAUGAGCCAGACCUCGCCCAGGUACUUCCUGGGCAGAGACAGGAAUCAGCUCCCCCUUCCCCGGUGCCCCCCUGCCCCGCUGGGGAAAGGAGGGGACAUCUCGGCACCGCCCGUCCCAGUGGCCAAUCGCAGACAAGCUCUUGUUUACACCGGAACCGCUCCGGCCCAAUCAGCUUUGCUGUUGAAACGAGGGGGAGGGGGCGGAGCCCCAGAAGCAGCCAAUCUUCUGCGUGAUCCGAGGAGCCAAUCCGCAAGCAGCCUGUGAAUACAGAAACUCAAACAAAUGAACUUUUUAAUUUAUUCUUGAAAAUGACCUUUGGGGGAGACGGGGAAACUUUUUAAAAAAAAUAUUUUUUUUUUUGGAAAAUAAUAAAAACCACAAAAAAAA